AUAAAAGACCAUAAAAGAAACCCAUUCUUUCAAAACACACAAGUCAAAUUAUAACACUAAAGCUAUGAACUCUCUCAUUUCUCUUUCACUUUGUUCCCUCUUUCUCCUCAUCUCUUUCUUCCCUUGUUUCACAACUCCCACCAUUUUAUUUCAGGGGUUCAAUUGGGGGUCAAGUGACAAACCAGGAUGGUACAAUUCUCUGAAGAACACAAUCCCUGAUCUUGCAGCUGCCGGAAUAACCCAUGUUUGGCUCCCUCCUUCAUCUCAAUCCGUUGCUCCACAAGGUUACAUGCCGGGAAGGCUAUACGAUUUGGAUGCAUCAAAGUAUGGAACUAAAGAGGAAUUGAAGUCACUAAUUUCAGCUUUGAAAGGCAAAGGAAUAAAAAGCAUAGCAGACAUAGUCAUAAACCACAGAACAGCCGAGAAGAAAGACCAGAGAGGAAUAUGGUCCAUCUUCGAAGGUGGUACCCCAGAUGACCGCCUUGAUUGGGGUCCCUCCUUCAUAUGCAAAGAUGACACUGCCUACUCCGACGGCACUGGAAAUCUCGACACAGGAGCCGACUUCGGCGGCGCUCCCGAUAUCGAUCAUGUCAACCCGCGAGUUCAGAAGGAGCUCUCGGAGUGGCUGAAUUGGAUGAAAUCUGAGAUUGGAUUUGUCGGGUGGCGGUUCGAUAUGGUCACUGGGUACGCCCCAAAAUUCACCAAGAUUUAUAUGGAGCAAACUGUGCCGGAGUUCGCAGUGGGAGAGAAGUGGGAUUCGCUUGCGUACGGGCAAGACGGGAAGCCCAACCUGAAUCAGGACGCCCACCGUGGCGCUCUGGCGGGUUGGGUCGCGGCAGCAGGCGGGGCCGUCAAGGCGUUUGAUUUCACCACCAAGGGAAUCUUACAGGCUGCGGUGCAAGGGGAGCUGUGGCGGUUGAAGGACUCGAAUGGAAAGCCACCAGGUUUGAUAGGGUUGAACCCAGAAAAUGCAGUGACAUUCAUUGAUAAUCAUGAUACUUGGUCCCAAAAGAUUUGGCCAUUUCCGUCGGAUAAAGUCAUGUUGGGUUAUGUCUACAUUCUCACUCAUCCUGGAACUCCAAGCAUCUUUUAUGAUCAUCUAAUUGAGUGGGGGCUUAAGGAGCAGAUAAGCAAGUUAAGUGCGAUUAGAGGAAGAAACAACAUAAAUAUGGGUAGUAAUGUGAAUAUAUUAGCUGCAGAAGCUGAACUUUAUAUGGCCGAAAUUGAUAACAAGAUUAUAAUGAAGAUAGGCCCCAAGAUGGAUUUGGGUAAGCUUUUGCCCUCUUCAAACUAUCAACUUGCUGCAGAUGGUCAAGACUAUGCAGUCUGGGAGAAGAAGUAGAUGUGGUUGCAAUCCUAGUAUAUAUAGGAUAUGCUUUAUAUUUAGUGCAUAUUUUAAAAGAGUGAUAUCUAUAUAUAUACAUAUUUUCUUCUAAUAAUAUAUAAUACAAGUAUAAUAUUGUUCUUCGAGUUUA